AUAAGUUCGCAAUCGAGUCGAUUUAUAUUUAGUUGAUAUUUUGCGCGAGAACAGUUCAAAUAUUGUCCAGAGGAGAAAAGAAAAAUCAUUUAAGAUCCUAAAUAUGAAAUUAUCCUUUUUGUUUGUUACUCUACUAUUGGCCAUCGCUACAGUUAAUGUACGAGCAGAUUUCUUGGAUUGUGAUGAGAAAAUCAUACCUUCUCUAUCGGAUAUUGCUGAUAUUGGACCUAAGAUAACAAGUAGCGAGACGACAAUCCCCAAUGAACACGAAGUACGUGAUUUUUUUAAAAACAUCGGUUGUCAAAUCAAGAAAGGUGCCACCAAAGUGAAAGAGCAGGCAAAGAAAUGGGGUCGAGAAAUUAAAGAAGGCGCUAAAAAACUAACUGAGAAGGCUAAAGACUUUGGUGCAGAUAUCAAGACAAAACUUAGUGAUUACACAGAAAAAGUCUCAGAGCAAUCAAAUGUUGAAAAUUUAAAAUACGACGUAUUUGAACAUGUUGAGAUCAUAAAUCCUGAUGUUGAAAAAGCAGAACAAGAGUGCGGACAUGGCCAUAUAUUAGAUGCCUUGGGCAAAUGUAGUAAACUACGAAAAUAAAAUUAAUUUAGUGAAAUAUCAAACAAUGUUCCAUACAUAGUAUAUACAGUUGAAGUGUCAUAUUUGUUUUGCAUUUUUAUGUAAAUUCUUUUUUUAUUUAUAACAAUAAAUUUGUGAUGAUAAGAACA